AUGUUUACAGUCAAGAUAUUAAAAUCAGUACAAUUAAAUAAUCGUAGACAACAAUUAAAAUCAUAUAGAUUAGGUGCAAUCAUUACUCUCGAGUGGAUACUAAAGAAUGGUUAUGAAGGACUGUUAAAGAUGAUCUUUGAUAGAGAUGAAUUUGAACAAAGACUGCAUGUAUCAAAUGAUGCUAUUAGAUUAUUCUUUACAGAGAUGAAAGAUCGACAAUUGCUACUGUCAAUCUAUAAUCAAAAUACUCUCUAUUUUUGUACUGAUCGUACAAUUGAAUGGGCAUGUCAGAGAGGUGAUUUGGAGAUUGUAAAGAUGUUGCUCAAACAAACAGAACCAAUCAAACUAAACAUUGGAGAUGCGUUACCAUGUUCAUCAAUUGAAUUGGUUACAUUCUUAUUGGACGAUCAUGGUGUACCUGCAAGCAAGAUUCAAUGUCAUUCAGAUAGUCUAGAAAUGAUCAACUUUGUCAUGGAAAAGGGAUUGUCAAUAUCAAUCAAUCUAGAUCCAUUGUUUGGCAAACAAGAGUUAUUCGAUCGAGUAACUAGUCGUCAUCCUACACUCAAUGUAAAUGCAAGUCAAACAUUGUCUCUAAUUACUGCAGAGAUUCAAAAUGCAAUAGAAAACUCAUCAAGUGGUUUGGAAUGUUCAGAAUACCUUGCCAAGAGUACAAUACCAUUUAAAACAAUCUAUGAAUCUGCAAAAAGAGUAAUGGGAACUGACAAUUAUAGUAUAAAGACAUUGGAAGUAUUAAAGCACAUGGACAAUGAAAAUGACCCUUUUUACUAUCCAUUUGCAAUUACUUCUUCUUGGAGUACCAAGAUGGAUAUUGCACUUACGAUCUUGCAAUAUGUUGUAAAGACUGAUCAUCACAUUUUACAAUAUAUUUGCAAAGAUCCUAUUCAGCUAGGAUUUAUGUAUGCUGGUACAACUAUUGCUCCUCAGACUAUUGAACAAGCCAACCACUUUAUGCAACUAUGUAAUAUACAAACCAUCGACAAGGUUGAAGUGUUUGACUAUGUCCUUGAAAACAUGGACAGUGAUUCACAAAAUAUGGCCCAAAUAUUUUCAACAGCCGUUGCAACAUGUAACUUUGACUUGGUACACCACAUGACAAACAAAUUCAAAGAUGAAAGUAGACAUGAAUGGACAUUUGAAGAGUUUAAAGGUACAUUACAACAAUUCAAGGAUAUGGUUAAACUACUCGACGGAACUGGUUUCUAUGCAACUAGUUUUACACCAGAUUCAAUGAAAACAAUGCCUCUUCAUCCAACUGAACUUCUUACAGACUAUGUAUUAAAAUGUUUCUAUCAAAUGGAAGAUUUUGAAGAUGCCAUUUCUGCUUCAUUAUUCUCACAAGAUGAUUAUCUAAUCUUAAAACUACUAGAGCAUCAACAGAAAAUAGAAAAAGAAGAAUUUCAACUCCGACUUGACCUAGUUAUAAAAUUUGAUUUGGCCGAUCAUCUUGGAAGAUAUGGUGAUUACAUAAUAGAGUCAUUACUAAAUGGAGAGAUUCAUCAAAAAUAUGGAAAUUAUUUUAGAUUGGGUGAUUGUUUGGAAGCAAUGAUAGAAACCACUUGUAUCUAUUCAAAUAUGAAUCUUUAUAGAUUCUUGCUUGAAAAACAGUUGGUAUUGGGCAAUGUCGAUAUCAAAUCAAUCGCCCAAACUAUAACACAACAUGGUAAUGUGGAAUGUAUAAAAAUACUAUUGACACUAUUCGAUAUUGAUAGAAAUACACUUGCAUUGAUGCAACAAAAAGCUGCUACAAGACAAAAAAGAGCUAAUCUUGUAUUUUUAAUUGAACAAACUGAAUUGGAUUUAAAUGGUAUCACUAGAAUCACUCAAAAUAGUACGAUCAAACAAUGCAACUAUUUACUAAAUUACAGUGAAAUAGAAGAUGGUAAUUUGACAGAAUCUAAAAUAUUUUCAAUCAUUUUACGCAAAUCUUCAUUGGAUAUUAUCGACUUCAUUUUCAAAAAGAUGGGUAGAUUCUCUACUCCAUUACUUACCAAACCUGAAUUAUGUACAACAGAUUCUACAACUAAAACCUUUUCUUUAAAAUAA